UUGUCUCCAGGCUACUGAAGGAGGAGGUUUGGAGGACGGAGGAUGGUGAACGUCUCCUUGCACCAGGACUUCAUCCUGGACGGAUUCGGGGAGCUCGGGGCGCUGAGGCCGGUUCUCUUCGUCCCGUUCUCCGUCAUGUUCGCCGUGUCGCUGUCGGCCAACUCCCUGCUCUUGUACGUCGUGGCCUCCAACCGGAGCCUCCACUCGCCGAUGUGCGUCCUGAUCGCCGGCAUGGCCGUGGUGGACCUGAGCCUCCCGCUCUUCUUCGUCCCCAACAUGCUGCUGAGCUUCCUGUUGGACUGGAGGAGCAUCUCUCUGACGGGCUGCCUGCUUCAGAUGCACCUCAUUCACUUCGUGGGAGCUUUCCAGUCCACGCUGCUGGUGUGGAUGGCGCUGGACCGCUACUUCGCCAUCUGCGCGCCGCUCAGCUACAACCAGCGCAUGGCGCCGCCGAGGUUCCUCAAGUUCAUGGUCCCGUGUUUGAUCCGGAACUUCACCCUGAACACGCUGAUGGUGAGUCUGGCGGGUCGGCUGGAGUUCUGCGGCGGGAACGUCAUGAACCACUGCUUCUGCGAGCACAUGGCUCUGGUCCAGCUCGCCUGUGGAAGCACCGCCAUCAACAACCUGAUGGGGCUGCUCACCCUCUUCCUCAUCCCCGUCGCGGACUUCAUCUUCAUCACCACCUCCUACAUCGUCAUCUUCGGCUCCGUGCUGCGUUCAGGGAAAUCCGGCGCCAAAGCUCUUCGCACGUGCGUCACCCACAUCGUCGUGAUGAUGGUCAGCCUGAUGGUGGCGCUCAUCGCCUUCCUGUCGUACCGCAUCAGAAACAGCCUCCCCGCAGCCAGCCGGGUUUUCUUCAGCACCAUGUACCUGCUGUUCCCGAGCUGCUUCAACCCGAUCAUCUACGGCAUCAGAACCGCGGAGAUCCGACAGCACAUCGUCAACACGCUGAGCUGCUGUCGACGCGUUAUUCCUAAAAACACCUGA